AGGUAACUCGGGAAGCAUUGAAAAAUCCCCUGUAAAAUUGCGCGGAUCUUAACACUACUAGGAAGAUGGCUUUCAGUUUUGGUACCACGGCUGCGAAACCUGCAUUUGGCACUGUUACCACUUCAGCGCCUACUUUUGGGUUUGGCACGACAGGAACUGCUGGCACCCAGAGCACAGGUUUUGGGUUUGGACAAAAGACAACUACAGCUGGGACAGGUUUUGGUGGGUUUGGGACUACAGCAGUCACCACCACAUCUGCUGCUACUGGUUUUGGAGGUUUUGGUGGUUUUGGAGGCACCACGUCCAGCAGUUUUCCUACACUCACCACAUCAACAGCAGCAACAGGUCAGUUCAGAG